AUGGAAUCCACCAGAAAAAGAUGGAGGCUGUGCGUUGCAAAGAUAACAAAUUUGGUUGAAGGCCACGAUUAUUACAUCAGAGUUUUUGCUCAGAAUGAAGCUGGCCUUAGUGAACAAAGUGCUGAGAUAAGACCACCUGUCAGAGCUCGACUGCCUUUUGAACCUCCACUACCUCCAUCAAGUUUCCAUUUGGUUAAUGUUUCAGAUGGAUCGGUCCAAUUAGCAUGGAGGCCACCUAAAUUUGAUUGUGGGUCUCCAAUCACAAAUUAUCUUAUUGAAUCUUGUAAAAGUGGAUGCAGUAACUGGAUUGCUUGUGCUGAGGUAGGAAGCACAGAAAAUAUGACGGACGUGAAAGGUUUAGAAACAGGAGAAUACUUUUUUUUUCGAAUAUUUGCGGUCAAUGAAGCUGGAUGUUCUAAAAAAUCCGUAGAAUUAGGAGAAGCAAUUUUAUGCAAAGCUCCUCAAAGUUUGUUUAUCAUUACAACGUGA